GACUGCGAUAGCGAGUUAAAAGGGAGGCAAGUGAACAAAGUUACAUUGAAGGGAGGGGGGGCUAAAGAGGAGGGAAAGUAUUUUGAUUACGGUAUUAAAACUAAACCGGACUUAUUUCGCGGGGAAGCGGUCGCCCACUUUUAAGGAUUAACAUUUGCACAGUCUUUUGCCGCCUCUAGGAAACGACGUAUCGUAUGUAGCGAGAUAGCUUCCUUGCUAGCGAGCUAGCUAAGUUCAUCAGGAGAUUUUUAGGACAAGCCCGUAAGCCAAGAUGCCGCUGGCACAGCUGGCGGACCCCUGGCAGAAGAUGGCCUUGGGGAAUGCGGAGAGCGAGGUCUUCGAGGAAUCCAUGGGUGAAGAUGAAAUGUCAAUGUGCAGCGACGAAGGCUCGGUGAAAGAGAUCAACAUCACGCACCAUGUAAAGGAAGGGUCUGAGAAGGCUGACCCCGAGCAGUUUGAUAUCCGCAAGGUCCUUGGACAGGGCUCAUUUGGCAAGGUGUUCCUGGUGAAGAAGAGGACUGGGCCAGAUGCUGGGCAGCUCUAUGCCAUGAAGGUGUUGAAGAAGGCAACACUCAAAGUUCGAGACCGGGUUCGGACCAAGAUGGAGCGCGAUAUCCUGGUGGAGGUCAAUCACCCUUUCAUUGUCAAGCUGCACUAUGCUUUCCAGACUGAAGGGAAACUCUACCUGAUCUUGGACUUCCUUCGGGGAGGAGACCUCUUCACUCGCCUGUCCAAAGAGGUGAUGUUCACAGAGGAGGACGUGAAGUUCUACCUGGCAGAGCUAGCACUGGCCCUGGACCACCUGCACAGCUUGGGCAUCAUUUACAGAGACCUCAAACCAGAGAACAUUCUUCUGGAUGAACAGGGCCAUAUCAAGCUGACAGACUUCGGGCUGAGUAAGGAAGCCAUCGAUCAUGAAAACAAGGCCUAUUCCUUCUGUGGUACAGUGGAGUACAUGGCACCGGAGGUUGUGAACCGCAGAGGCCACACCCACAGUGCUGAUUGGUGGUCAUAUGGCGUGCUCAUGUUUGAGAUGUUGACAGGAACACUGCCUUUCCAAGGGAAAGACCGAAAGGAGACCAUGACAAUGAUCCUAAAGGCCAAGCUUGGUAUGCCGCAGUUCCUGAGUCCAGAAGCACAGAGCCUCCUGCGGAACUUGUUCAAACGCAACCCUGGCAAUAGACUAGGGGCUGGCCCCGAUGGAGUGGAGGAGAUCAAAAGACAUCCGUUCUACUCCACAAUAGACUGGAACAAAUUAUUUAGAAGGGAAAUCACCCCACCCUUCAAACCUGCGUCUGGUAGACCUGACGACACAUUCUACUUUGACCCUGAAUUCACAGCGAAAACGCCAAAAGACUCACCAGGCGUACCUCCCAGUGCCAAUGCCCACCAGCUGUUCAGAGGCUUCAGCUUUGUGGCCAUCACCACAGAGGAGGAAUGUGAACAGUCACUGCAGAGCACCAGUGUCAACUCCAUUGUACAGCAGCUGCACAGGAGCCCCGUGCAGUUUAGCGAUGUAUAUGACGUUAAGGAAGACAUUGGCGUGGGCUCCUACUCCAUCUGCAAGCGCUGCAUCCAGAAGAGCACCAAUAUGGAGUUUGCUGUAAAGAUCAUCAACAAGGCCAAGAGGGACCCCACUGAGGAGGUGGAGAUCCUGUUGCGUUACGGGCAGCAUCCCAACAUCAUCACGCUAAAGGAUGUGUAUGAUGACGGGCGCUCUGUGUACCUGGUCACAGAGCUGAUGAAAGGGGGGGAGCUGUUGGACAAGAUUCUGCGGCAGAAGUUCUUCUCUGAGAGAGAGGCCAGUGCAGUCCUUCACACCAUCACAAGGACUGUGGAGUACCUGCAUGUACAGGGGGUGGUCCACAGGGACCUGAAACCCAGUAACAUCCUGUACGUUGAUGAGUCUGGGAACCCAGAGUCCAUCAGAAUUUGUGACUUUGGCUUCGCUAAGCAGCUUCGGGCAGAGAAUGGCCUGCUGAUGACUCCCUGCUACACUGCCAACUUUGUGGCCCCUGAGGUGUUGAAGAAGCAGGGAUAUGAUGCAGCCUGCGAUAUCUGGAGCCUGGGGGUGUUGCUGUUCACCAUGCUGACAGGGUUCACUCCCUUCGCUAAUGGGCCUGACGACACCCCAGAGGAGAUCCUGGCUCGGGUCGGCAGCGGAAAGUUUGCUCUGACAGGAGGCUACUGGAACACUGUCUCUGCCGAGGCCAAGGACCUGGUGUCAAAGAUGCUGCACGUGGACCCUCACCAGAGGCUGACUGCUGCCCAGGUCAUCAGACAUCCCUGGAUCGUCCACAAAGACCAGCUGCCAAAGUAUCAGCUCAACAGACCAGAUGCUCCCCACUUGGUCAAGGGCGCGAUGGCUGCCACGUACUCCGCCCUCAACAGGAACGUGGCCCCGAUGCUGGAGCCCGUGGGCUGCUCCACGCUCGCUCAGCGCAGGGUGAUGAAGAAGCUCACCUCCACCGCCCUGUGACCCGUUUGCCUGGCACUGCUGGAACAUGCCUCAUUCAUGAGUGUGUUGGCACAGGCCAGGACACGCCCUGGGAGCUGCAUUCAUAACCAACACGGGGCUCCUGCCUGGCAUUCACACAUCAGGAGCUUCAACACCAAAUAGGGGCACAGGAAACCGAAAACAGAAAAAUACAAAUUCCCUUCAAUCAAGAGAAUCAACAAGAUUUUGCAUGUAUAAUCAUCCCUGCCUCCAAUCCAAGAACGCGUUUAAGGCUUUCUUUUUCAUUGGAAAUUUAGCUACUGUAUAUAUUUUUGUAAUAAUUAGAUAUAUUUACUUGCAAGGGUAUGAAUAUAAUAAAUAAAAUAAAGGAUUUCAAUAUAGGCUGGUAUUUAAAGAAAAUAUUUUUAGCUCAAAUUGAUUGUGUUGAAGAUCUGGGGACAUCCACUUUGAGAUGCUGCAGGGUGCUUUGUGGGCAUCCAGUCUAUAAAGGCAAUCUCCUCCUGGUCAGAGUCCGACCUCUUCCGGCAAGUUAAUGCUAUAACCAUGGGCAAUCGCAAUUCUGAAUCGUUGCUUUUGUCGUGAUCUCCGAUACAUAUUCAAUUACAUAAUUCGAGUUAAAUAUUUUCUGUGAGUCAGCAAAUAAUAGAAACAACCCUAUAGCACUGAUUUACGUUGGCUGCUGAUGCGAUUCCCGCAACAAGUAUCAUUCCUUUAAAUGGAGCAAGAGAGAAUAUUCACGCAACUGUGAGAAUUAUUUUACAUUAGAGCAGAGUUACGACCAGCAUUAGUGCGGCUUGUAGACAUUAUCCACACAGUCCAUUAUCCACCAGGGGGCAUGUUGGUCUCUUCAGAUCUUUUGCUGUACAUGGCUCGUCUUGUGUGGUAGUAGAGUGCCUAGAAUACUUUAGGAAAGUGACAUUACAUUCUUAGAUCCACUGCCCAUUCCAGUUUUUUUUUUUUUUGUUUUUUAGCUAUUUUUACGAUUUAAAUUCAAUAUUUUGAGUAAUAAAUGUUUCCGUACCAUUUCUUUUUUUUUUUUUCAUUCUUAUCUUGAUUUCUUGAUUUACCCCAUUCUGAACAGCAAUGGGAUAGCCCUGUACAUACAUUGUCCACAAGCAAAGGAGAUGCACGUUUUACAAAUGGCAUGAGGCCAGUUCCUGGUUCUCUUUACUCCAGCUGGGCCUGUGUCAUUACACUCUAGGACUGCAGAAGGUGCAGUUUCCACAGGAAGACCACAGUGACCAGACUGGCCAGUGGAGUGAAGAGGCAGGGAAUACCCUGCCAGCUCAAACGGGUUGUCGUUUCCUGGACAACGCCAUGGUGCUGCUCAGGUUUUCAUCUGGGCCAUAGGUUAGAACUGCACUGAAACUGAUGCUUUAGCUGUGCAAACCAGGAUUGUUGUUGUACAUUUAAAUCUUUGAUUACCAUGUAAACAAUGUGUAGUGUUACAGUGCAGCAAAGAAAUUGCCCAAUCAUACAUUUUUUGACAUUUGUUAUUGGUAACACAUGGGAAGGGCGUUAUAUUAGGAGGACAUUGUUGUGUGUGAUGUCUACAUUUAUCCAUCCUUCAUUCUUAGCCCAUAAGUGGCUAAAUACAAUUAUUUCAGAAUGCAUAGAAUUUAGAAUGACCACUAAAGGUGUUAUCAUUUCUACAACGUCAUUAUAACUAGGAGCUAGUCUUAAGAUAUUAUGCUAAACCUAAUACAGCACCAAGCUAGAGUGGUACGUAGCUACUCCCAAAGCAGAACAGAAUCAUUUUGCUAUCUCCCCUCAUUGAAUGUAUCAUCAGCUGCAGUAAAAACCACAUUUAGAGGAAAAACCUACAGAUAUGUUCUUGUAGCUUGGUUCUGAUUCUGUCAGAUUGCAUUGGAAAAGUGCUGUUUGAACUGCACCGACAAAUGCAGUUCUUCCUCCUCAUGAUCCUCUGCUGCUCUUCACUGUGGACUACUGGAUGGGAAAUCCAUGAGAUCAGUCUGAGGUCUCCUGCUGUAUCUUAUUUUCUUCCUCUUUACAAAUCAAAAUAAGGGAUAUAUGGGAGUAUGAGGGAUGUAAUGAAUGCAGGUAAAAGUAACAUUCAUUGCAGUUUUUAAGAGAUGAUUAAAAGCUCAGAUGUAUUUUUUUAUGUGAAUGGAAUCAGAUUUUCUACUUCCCUGCACAUGGCUCGUCAGGGUGAUAUGUAUGGCCUAGGGAUUGGGAAGAUUUCUGUUUUGUUUAAUUUUAGUUUGUGUAAUUUUAAGUAUUUGGUGGCAGGGUUAGACUGUUUGCUCAGGUCCUGGAGUGAAAAUGUAUUGUGGAGGCUGGGUAACAUGCACUUAUGCUCUAGUGACCCGUUUUAUCUCUAUAUAUUCCUAUCUUCAGAUUUUAUGAGCACUGGAAAUGUUUCUGGUUAUGUAUUUAUCAUGUCUAGGCAAGCUGUUUCAGCUAUCUUUUUGUAAUCUUAGUGAAAAAAAAUUUAUAAGAAUAAAAGAAUGCUAUAUGUA